AGCAUUCUGGGACUUGGGAUAGGACGAGCUUCAGCAACGAUGGCUCGGCAACGCUUCUCGGUACCUCGGCUCGAGGGCAUUUCUCAGGAGCACUUCACGCAGCACCUCUACCCACAGAGAAAACCUCUAGUGUUGGAAGGAAUUGAUUUGGGGGCUUGUACAAGCAAAUGGACAGUGGAUUACCUAAGUCAAGUUGGAGGGAAGAAAGAAGUGAAGAUUCAUGUUGCUGCAGUUGCCCAGAUGGACUUCAUUAGUAAGAACUUUGUAUAUAGAACUUUACCUUUUGACAAGUUGGUUCAGAGAGCAGCUGAGGAAAAGCAUAAAGAAUUCUUUAUUUCAGAGGAUGAGAAGUACUAUUUACGGUCACUUGGGGAAGACCCCAGAAAGGAUGUUGCAGAUAUCAGAAAGCAGUUUCCGUUAUUGGAAGGAGAUAUUAAGUUUCCAAAAUUCUUCAAAGAGGACCAAUUCUUUUCCAGUGUUUUUCGAAUUAGCUCACCAGGAUUACAACUUUGGACACACUAUGAUGUAAUGGAUAACUUCUUAAUACAAGUGACAGGAAAAAAGCGUGUUGUACUGUUCAGUCCUCGAGAUGCCCAGUAUUUGUAUUUAUCAGGUACUAAAUCAGAAGUACUGAAUAUAGAUAACCCAGACUUAGCUAAAUAUCCACUGUUUUCCAAGGCUAGAAAGUAUGAAUGUUCCCUUAAAGCUGGAGAUGUAUUAUUCAUUCCUGCUUUAUGGUUCCAUAAUGUAAUUUCUGAAGAGUUUGGAGUGGGAGUGAAUGUCUUUUGGAAACACCUUCCAUCUGAAUGCUAUGAUAAAACAGACACCUAUGGAAACAAAGAUCCUACAGCAGCGUCAAGAGCAGCACAAAUUUUGGACAGAGCCUUAAAAACACUGGCUGAACUACCAGAAGAAUACAGGGACUUCUAUGCACGGCGAAUGGUCUUACACAUUCAAGACAAAGCCUAUAGCAAAAAUUUUGAGUAAAUAGCAAAGUGAACGCAAUGAAUAUAAACUUUUAAAUACAGUUCAGCUCAAUUAUUAGAAUAAUAUUACAAGACCUAAAUUAUUUUUAUAGAUUGUUAAAAGAGGAAAGGUAAAUCAAUUUCAGAUUUAAAGAUUAAGUACAGAGGGGUGUUUGUGUAGUUUCUAUUUAAUACAGAUUGUUGAGGUUCAAAGAACGCUGUACUGGGACCA